CAUGGCCGACAGUGCGCCCAGCUCCCCUCUCCAAACCGAGGGUGCUCUGCAGCAACCCAGCACCUCGCAGGACUCCCCCAGCACCCUGCACCCCCAGGGGCUGCUCUCCGUCAUCCAGAGACUGAAGGGUUCCCCGGAGCAGGAGCUCCGCAUCGUCCUGCUGGGGCUGGACAACGCGGGGAAGACCACGCUGCUGAAACGCCUGGCGUCCGAGGAGGUCAGCACCAUCACGCCCACCCAGGGCUUCAACAUAAAGAGCGUCCACUCGCACGGCUUCAAGCUGAACGUCUGGGAUAUUGGGGGGCAGCGCUCCAUCCGCCCGUACUGGAAGAAGUACCUGGGCAGCACAGACCUGCUG